AUCCAUUCACAAACCAUUCACUCACCAUUUCUCCAAGAAUACAUUUAUUUAUUUUUCACAAUGGCUUCCAAGAAGUUUUUCUCUACUCUUGCUCUUUUCCUUUCCCUUAACCUAAUUUUCUUCACAUUUGUUUCAAGUUGUAACACUUGCCCUAAACCUAAACCAAAACCAAAACCAAAGCCAUCAUGUCCACCACCACCUUAUGUACCAAAAUACAAAACUUGUCCAAUUGAUACCUUAAAAUUAGGUGUUUGUGCAGAUGUUCUUGGAUUAGUUAAUGUUGUUGUUGGUUCACCACCAGUCACACCUUGUUGUAGUCUUAUUUCUGGACUUGCUGAUGUUGAAGCUGCCCUUUGUCUUUGUACUGCUCUUAAGGCUAAUGUUUUAGGGAUUAACCUUAAUGUCCCUAUUUCAUUGAGCUUGCUUCUCAAUGUUUGUUCCAAGAAAGUUCCAUAUGGAUUCCAAUGUCCUAAUUAGUUGAAUUGUUUCUUUUCAAAUUUAUGUGUAGACUUUUCUUUUUAAUUCAUUCGUGAAUAAUAAUUUAAGGGUGCUUCCCUUUUCAUUGUUUGUAUUUUGGUGGGGGUGGGGGUGGGGAUUGAAAUGGAAUUGUGGGUUGUGCCUAAGUGUUGAUUGGUAAGUGUCUUAUUUAUCAAUUGAAAGUUGUUUAUGGUUAAGAUUGUAUUCAAGUUUUAUUUUCUUGGAGAAAAAAAUAAUCCAAUUUCUAUAUAUUUUGCA